AGUCGUCGCUGGAUACUCAUUUUCAUUUCUAAAAUGGACGUCAAACAUUAAUAAUCAUUUUUUGAUUAAGUAGCCAACGUUUUUAAUUAAAUUUUUAAUAAUUUAAAGAGAAGGCCGUAUUGAAAAGAAAGUGGUGAAGACGUGAUUUUAAAACCUUUUUUGUGUAAGUGCUUAAGUGCGCGUUCUUGCUAAAAGCGGUUAAUCUUGAAUUAGUUGGGUAUAGACCAACAUCGGUUUAACGCGCGUUAUAAACGUUGAAAGCUCGUAAAAACGACAUCUUUUGCCGUUCGCAAUAUAGUUUCGAUUAUUGAUCCUCGUCUUUUAGCAUUUGUUGAUCCUCAGUUGAUCGCUUCUGUUAUACCGCUUGAAUUACACCAUGUCGACGUCACGCAGACGUGGCGAAUUAAAUCCUAAACUUCACAUGGAUAGGCAACCUACAGUUGCCCGCAUCACAGAUCCAUCGCUUCCUGCUGGAAAACGUAGGGAAAUUGAUAACGUCAUGAAAAAAGCUCGCGCAAACACCAAUGAUUACUGGGAUAAGAAGUUACUCGAGGUAGAGGAAAAGGAUCCAAAUCGUUGGCGACAUACCGGUUAUAAGAAAAUGUAUAUCCAAGGUGAUAGCAGCUCCGGAGAAAGUGAUCGUGAUGGUGGUUUUCGUUAUAAUUCUUCGACUGGUGGUCCAAUCGGUGGACCUGGUGGGGGUGGUCCACCAACUUCCGGUCGGUAUGGUCGUUCGCGCUCUCCGCACUCACGCAGUCGGUCGCGUUUGAGAAAAUCUCCCCCUAUGUCGCCACCAAUGCGUCGUCGAUCGCCGCCUAUGGAUAUGGGUGGACGACGUAUGUCCCCACCAUCCAUAGAUGGCAUGCGCGGUCGUCCUCGUUCGCCACCAGCACGAGGUGGAAUACCGCCGCGUUCCCCUUCUGAUAUGGGUCGCGGUCGUAUGCCUUUAUUUGGGGGUGGUGGUGUUGGAAAUAAUCGGCCGCGUUCGCCACCCGAGCCACCGAUGCGCCGCAAGUCGUCGCGUUCGCCAUUAGGUAGACGUCGGUCACCGCCUAACAUAAAUCGCAGACGCUCACCCCCACCAGCAGGAGCAAAUAAACGUGGGCAAAUAUUGCCGCGCUCUAAGCGGCCACCGUCUCCGCCGCCGAGGAAUUCGUGCCGGUCGCGGUCGAACAGCUCUGUAAGCAGUUGUUCGGAUGAUUCUUGUUCGGUGUGUUCACCAAAACAUCAUCAUAGAUCACGGUCUCACUCCAUGCCGCGUUCGCGUAUACCAGGUGGGCCCCGGUCUCCACCGCCAAAGGCUUCGUCGCGUUCCAUACCAUACCGUGGAAGUCAACAACCUCCAAAUGGUCACACUUCGUCGCGUAUGCAUGCUCGUCCAACUACACCGCCUCCACCGAACGUGCGUACUGUAGAUAAAUAUCGGGAUGAAAAAAUACGUCGGUAUAGUCAUGACCGCAGUAUCGAUCGCGUACCAUCUGACGGGCGUCUAAAACUUGCACGUUCAGGUCGGCAUUCGCCAGUCGAGGAUCCACGAGUCAAAAACCGUCCUCCGGAGCCACCAGAGCCUGCUUCGUCUUCUGCGACAACAUCUGCUGUUUCUAAGAAAAAGAAAAAGGACAGAGAACUACGCACGCGUAUAAAAAUAGAAGGAGAAAAACGAAAGAAGCAUUCAUCCUCGGAAUCUGAAGACUCGGGUGGCUCGGAUAGUGACAGUUCAUUGCCUACUUUUAUUGCCGCCACCGGACUAACACUUUCUGAACGCUUUGGUAAAAUGGCUCAAUGGAGUAUUGAUCGUAGCAAUAUGGAAAACAUGCGCAUUACCAAAGACUCCACCGGGGGAGCUUUAAAAGUUAUGAUAGAAGAGGGGCUCGAGUCUCCGCCGCGUCGUUACUCGUAUUCACCAGCACCGGCUGGUCAUUUUCCGGAAGAACUUGCAACAACAGCACCGUCGGGAAUGCUGUCGUGGGAUGAUGUACGCGUCCGUUACGAAUACUACAAAAGUCGUGGAUAUUUGCGCGAUUUAGACUUAAAGGAUUACAUAAAGUGGGAAGAAUGGUGGUAUAAAUACCAAGAAUGGUUGAAACAAGAACGCUACUAUGAGUAUUGGGAACGUCAGCAAAUGGCACGUCGCCGACGUAAGAAGCUACCUAUAACGCAGCGUCUAAAUUAGGUACUCAUUUUUGUAUUCAUUCGUUUAUCACAGAUUAAGAAGUUGUUUUAGAACUUGUAACGUGCACACGAUUACGCAUAAAUCAUCAUAAACAGAAGGUAACUUGAAUGAUGAAGUUGCUUUUCAUUGUGGUGUCAACUGCGUUUUUUUCUCAUUUACAUACCUAUGUAUAUUGAACAAUUGAUAUGUAUAAAAUAAUAAUUAUAAUAUAUACGUAAGUAACUUAUAAAAUACACUAAGUGUUCAACUUGGCAAUUGGUUUAUAAUUGUGCUGAAGUUGUUGCUUUGACAAAUAUUAUUAUGUGUAUUAUAAACUGUAAUAGUCGUAAAUAAACCAGGAACAAUUAUCAAAAUUUCAUA